GUGCAAGCUUCUGCCUCUAUUUUUCCCCCCUUACAUGCCUGAAAUGUUGAACUUUAGACACAUCUGAGCAUGGAGGAGUGUCUGUGGGCUGGUGCAAAGCUGGAUUUCUUUCAGUGACUUUGACUACAGGUGCUGAGUUUUGUUAUGUACAUCGGGAGGACUGGAUGUGUGUGCUUCCUGCAGUUGUCAAAGAAGCCACGGAGCUAGAAGAUAAACCUCAAUUACCUUCUGCCUAAAAAGAAAGAAAUUAAGACUCAAGUUAACCAAUAACCGAUCUUUUCUUCAUAUUAAUCCAGUACAUUUUUGGCCUAUUAAUGUUUUUUCUCUGUACAAGGACACUGCAAGGUUUUCUUUCAGCUUAAAAGCCUCCUGGCUCAAAGUCCCUCAGAGUCACGUCCUGCGAUUGUCCCUGGACUGUGGCUGGAAAGCGGAGAGAGUAGGUGCGUUUGAGUCAACCUUAGCAGCAGCUGAGCACAGGGCAAGAGGCGUCUGGUCGUCGAGUCAUCUAAGAGUAACUGAAGCCAUCAGUGGGGACCAUGUGUGCUGCAGCUUUGGAGGUGUACUGUGGGUCCGUUUUCUGGAAUGCUUCAUAUCUGGAUAGAGAAGACCCAGAUCUCCCAGUAUGUGUGGAGCAGACAGUGCUGGUCUGGAUCCCUCUGGGGUUACUGUGGCUCUGUGCCCCAUGGAACAUGGUGUCUCUCUGCAGAAGGACACCAGUGAACACAAAACACCUUUCCAAGCUCUACCUCUGCAAACAGCUUGUGGUGUCUCUGUUGCUGCUGACGGCCAUAGCAGCCCUGGCAGUCACAUUAGGAGAGGACUAUGGUCUAAACAAAAACCCAUCCUCAACAGCAAAAUAUCCUGGUGUAUACUACGCAAACCCCGUCUUGUAUGCUGUCACAUGGAUCCUUCUGCUGUUGUGCCAGGAAGGAGUGAGGCGAAAGGAAGGAGCAGUAGACUCUGCAACUCUCUUCAUCUUCUGGUUGCUCCUUGUUCUAUGCAACGUCUUCCCUUUCCAGACCAUCCUACGAGAGGCACUGAGGAAAGGAGAGAUCAGUGAUGUCCCUCAUUUUUGCCUUUUCUACAUUUCCUUUGGACUGGAACUGAUUGCACUUAUUCUCUCUGCUGUGGCUGACAUCCCUCCAGAAGCUGAGGAGCUAAUAAAAAAGAAUCCCGAAGCAGGUGCAGCGUUUUUGAGCAGAAUCACAUUCAACUGGUUUAAUAGUAUGGUGGUGAAAGGCUACAAGCGGCCCCUGGUUCAGGAGGACAUGUGGGAGCUGAACGAGGCAGACAGCGCUGCUUACAUCAACCAGCGCUUCCAGUAUUUCAUGCAGUCGGAGUUGGGCGCCGCUCGGGUCCGCUUCCGAACCCAGUUGAAGAAGAAAAGGGAUAAGAACAGAGACAAAGCCCAGGAAGGAAGGAAUGGCCUCUCCAACGGUCUGGAGAAAGGCGUCAGUCAGGAUGUGUUGAUGAUGGAGGAAAAGGGAAAGAAAGAAGAUGAAAAGAAGAAGAAGAAAAAGGACAAAAAGAAGGAAGAAGAGGACUAUCCAAAUUCGUGGCUGAUUACCACCAUUUACAAGACCUUUAAAGGGAUUCUCAUCGAAUCUGCCUUUUUCAAACUUCUGCAGGACCUGUUGUCUUUUGUCAGUCCUCAACUCCUAAAAUUUAUGGUCUCCUUCACUCAGGACAAAUCCAGAUAUGCCUGGGAAGGGUAUCUGUAUGCAGUGCUGCUGCUAGUGGUGGCCUUUCUGCAGUCUCUGUUCCUGCAGCAAUACUUCCAGCGCUGCUUUGUGCUGGGGAUGAAGGUUCGCACUGCCAUCAUGGCUACUGUGUACAAAAAGGCAUUGGUGGUGUCUAAUGACACUCGUAAAGAGUCAACGGUCGGGGAAACAGUGAACCUCAUGUCAGCAGACGCCCAGCGCUUCAACGAUGUGACCAACUUCAUCCACCUGCUUUGGUCCUGCCCUCUGCAGAUCAUCCUGGCCAUUGUCUUCUUGUGGCUGGAGUUAGGACCGUCUGUGUUGGCAGGACUGGCAGUCAUGGUGCUAAUGGUGCCGAUCAAUGGACUACUAGCAACCAAGGCCAGAAAAAUCCAGAUAGAGAACAUGAAGUUCAAAGACAAGCGACUGAAAAUCAUGAAUGAAAUACUCAAUGGGAUCAAGAUUCUGAAGCUGUACGCAUGGGAGCCAUCCUUCCAGGAGCAGGUGGAAAGCAUUAGGGGUCAAGAACUGAAAGUCAUGAGGAAGUUUGCCUACCUGACGUCUGUCUCUACUUUCAUCUUCACCUGUGCUCCAGCUCUGGUUUCUUUGGCCACAUUUGCAGUGUUUGUAAGGGUGAGCUCAGAAAAUGUGUUGACUGCUGAGAAAGCUUUCACUGCCAUCUCGCUUUUCAACAUCCUACGAUUUCCCCUGGCCAUGCUGCCCAUGCUUAUUGCUGCCAUUGUGCAAACAACAGUGUCUAGGAAGCGCCUGGAGAAGUUUCUGGGAGGUGAAGACCUUGAAAGUGACAUUGUGCAGCAUGACCUCAGUUUCAACUCUACUGUCAGUGUACGUGAUGGUUCUUUUGCUUGGGAAAGAGAAGCUGAGCCUCUGUUGAAAAAUGUGUCCUUUGACAUUAACCCAGGUCGGUUGGUAGCAGUAGUGGGAGCUGUGGGCUCAGGGAAAUCCUCUCUCAUGUCAGCCCUCCUGGGAGAGAUGCACUGCACCAAAGGCUUUAUUAACAUUCGGGGUUCCCUGGCGUUUGUGCCACAGCAAGCCUGGAUCCAAAAUGCCACUCUGAGAGAUAAUAUCCUGUUUGGCUCUCCCCAUGAGGAAACGAGGUUCCAGCAGGUCAUACAGGCUUGUGCCCUGGCCCCUGACCUUGAGCUGCUGCCUGGUGGAGACCUCACUGAGAUUGGAGAGAAGGGUAUCAACCUCUCAGGGGGUCAAAAGCAACGUGUUAGCUUGGCCAGAGCAGCUUAUAGUCAGGCUGAUAUUUAUCUAUUGGAUGACCCCUUGUCUGCGGUCGACUCUCAUGUAGGAAAGCAUCUCUUUGAUCAAGUGAUUGGACCCAAUGGACUACUCAAAGAUAAGACUCGUAUCCUGGUGACUCAUGGAGUGAGCUUCCUGCCUCAUGUAGAUGAAAUAGUGGUCUUAAAGGAUGGAGUCGUCUCUGAGGUUGGAUCCUACAACAGCCUUCGUGCCAGCAGAGGAGCUUUUUCUGAAUUUCUAGACACAUAUGCUAGAGAGCAAAGUAAUCAGACCCGUUCAGAGUCAGAUCGUUGCCAGGAUACUGCAGAUGUAGAGCUCAUCCCUGAAAGAGAGGAUACCCAACCCGACUCUCCUUUGGAGGACACGGUUUCUGUUACGCUGAAGAGAGAAAACAGCAUCCGCCGCAGCCAGCGCAACCACAGUGUCAGACUAAGAAAAAAUAGUUCUAUAAGAAAAUCAGAGGUUGUUCAAAGAUGUGAAUCAAAGAAAGGCCAGAGGCUAAUAGAGAAGGAAACUAUGGAAACAGGACAGGUGAAGUUCUCAGUGUAUCAUCAGUACCUGCGAGCCAUGGGCUGGGGAUAUGCUGUCGUGGUCUUCCUGGUUUACUUCAUCCAGAACAUUGCUUUCAUCGGUCAGAACCUGUGGCUGAGUGACUGGACCAAUGAUGCAGUGGAGUACCAAAACAUGACAUACCCUGCUUGGAAGAGGGAUACCAGGGUGGGAGUGUUCGGAGCUCUGGGAGUGGCUCAGGGCAUCUUUGUGUUCCUUGGUACACUGCUCCUAGCCAAUGCUUCGAUCAGUGCAUCUCGUAUCCUGCACUCAAGGCUACUUAACAACAUACUGCGAGUUCCCAUGGUAUUCUUUGACACUACACCAAUUGGAAGAGUGGUCAACCGCUUUGCAAAGGACAUUUUCACGGUAGAUGAAGCGAUUCCUCAAUCCUUCCGCUCCUGGCUCCUGUGUCUGCUGGGCGUAAUGGGGACCCUGUUUGUCAUCUGUCUGGCCACUCCUUUCUUCACCAUCAUCAUCAUUCCUCUGGCCCUGGUCUACUACUUUGUACAGCGCUUUUAUUUAGCCACUUCAAGACAGCUUCGUCGGCUGGACUCGGUGUCUCGCUCUCCUAUAUACUCUCACUUUGGUGAGACGGUGUCGGGUCUGUCAGUGAUACGCGCCUACGGCCAUCAAGAAAGGUUUCUUAAACACAACGAAAUCACAAUUGAUGAAAACCUCAAGAGCGUCUACCCCUGGAUAGUGUCAAACAGAUGGCUGGCCAUCCGUCUGGAAUUCCUGGGAAAUCUGGUUGUGUUUUUUGCAGUUCUGUUUGCUGUUAUCGCCAGAAAUUCUCUGGACAGUGGCCUGGUUGGCCUGUCAAUAUCCUACGCCCUUAAUGUAACGCAGACCCUCAACUGGCUGGUGAGAAUGACCUCAGAGCUGGAGACCAAUAUCGUUGCCGUGGAAAGAGUGAUUGAAUACUCUAAGAUAGAGAACGAGGCUAAGUGGGUAACUGACACUCGGCCUCCAGAGAAGUGGCCCAAAGAAGGAAGGCUACAGUUUGAAAACUAUAAGGUCCGUUACAGACCCGGAUUAGACGUGGUGCUGCAUGGAAUCACCUGUGACAUCAACAGCACUGAGAAGAUUGGUAUAGUGGGCCGCACAGGAGCUGGGAAAUCGAGCCUAACAAACUGCCUGUUUAGAAUUAUUGAAGCUGCUGAAGGUCGCAUCCUCAUUGAUGAUAUAGAUAUCGCCACCAUAGGCCUGCAUGACCUAAGAAACAUGCUUACAAUCAUACCACAGGAUCCAGUGUUGUUCUCCGGCACCUUGAGGAUGAACCUGGAUCCAUUUGACAAAUUCAAUGAUGAGGAUAUCUGGAGAGUACUGGAGCUCUCCCAUCUGAAGGACUAUGUAGCGGGGCUGCAGGAAAAAUUACAACAUGAAGUCGCAGAGGGGGGAGAGAACCUCAGUGUAGGGCAGAGGCAGCUGCUGUGUCUGGCUCGAGCGCUGCUGAGAAAGUCUUGUAUCUUAAUCCUGGAUGAGGCCACAGCAGCUGUUGACCUGGAGACAGACGACCUGAUUCAGAGUACCAUCCGCAAGGAGUUUUCACACUGCACUGUCCUCACUAUUGCCCACCGCCUGCACAGCAUCAUGGACAGCUCCAGGGUAAUGGUGCUUGAUGCAGGCAAAAUAGUCGAAUUUGAUUCUCCAAGCAACCUGCUUGAAAAGCAAGGCCAUUUCUAUGCAAUGGCAAAGGAUGCUGGCAUAACACGAGAAGAUAUCACAGUUCUCUAAUUCUGCACUUCUCUUCUUUUCUUUUUGUUUUUUCAAAGAUAAUUAAAUUCCAUAAAUUGCUUUUGUUGUUGGAUUUAAAAAGCUGGACUGUGUUUUGAUGUAUGAAAUAUUGUAACAUUUUUAUUUAUAGGAAAAAAUAUUAAAAAAUUAUACUCUGUAUGUACG